CACCUAUUUUGCAAGGUUGAUAGGUUAUUUUGAGACUUGUAAAUAUCUCAAAUUAUGUUUCUUUAAAGCUUUAUCUGCCACAUUAGCCUCGAUCGUAAUUUACUUCUCCAGACAUGGUACUGGCCGCGACACUUCGCUCACCCUUCGUCUUCCUCACACAACUCUCUCCAACUCCGAAACCAAACCCUAACACCACCACCACCACUUCCUUCCGUGUUCCGGUUUUGUGCGGACCACGCGACAACCGUGGACCGCUCGUCAAAGGCCGAAUCCUAAGCACAGAAGCAAUCCACGCCAUCCAAUCCCUCAAGCGGGCCCACAGACUCAACCCUAACAAUCACUCGUCUCUCCCCUCCCUCUCCCGCCUUCUUAAACCGGACCUCCUCGCGGCUCUUCGGGAACUCCUCCGCCAAGACCACUGCGGCCUCGCCCUCCAUGUCCUCUCCACCUUCCGAUCCGAAUUCCCGCAGUGCACGCCUGACCUCAACCUCUACGCCGACGUAGCUUCGGCGCUUGCGAGGAAUCAAAUGUACGAUGAGAUCGAUAGGUUGAUCUGUGAUUUGGAGAAAGAUGAGGGCAACGUUCGGUGGGGAGAGGAUAGGGCGCUUGUGAGGCUUGUGAAGAUCGUGAUUGGGACUGGGAGGAGUGAAUCGACGGUCAAGAUUUACUGGAUGUUGAAGAGGAGUGGGUGUGGGGUCCAGUGGGAGGGUGAUGAGUAUGUGGCCAAGGUGUUGAGCAAGGGGUUGAGGAGAAUGGGCAGUGCGGAUUUGGCCGACGAGGUUGAAAAUGAAUUCUGUCGGGUUGUGGGUGGUAAUUUUGGUGAAAUGAGAAGAGUCAUGGGGUGAGAGUGUAAAAUUAUGGUUUUUGCGUAUCCUAUUUGUAAAUGUUGAAGCUACUUUCCAAGUAAUUGGCUUUGCAUAAUUGAAGGUCCAACUGAACUUUUCACAUUUUACUUUGAGUUAUAUUAACAGUCACUAGCAAUAUA